UUAUGGGUAACUUCCGCUGCGUGCUGCAGAUUCUGCCAUUUUGUUGUCCAGAUCAGAGAGCAGGGGACGCGGUGUACGUUAUUCUGUAAAUGAAUAAUACGACUCUCUUAUAGUGGAUCAGAAAUAGAGCCGAGGCACGAUGCUUUCCGCAGCCCAGUUACUCGAUGAGUUAAUGGGUCGGGACCGGAACUUGGCUCCGGAUGAGAAGCGCUGUAAUGUUCGCUGGGACGACGAGACUGUCUGCAAAUAUUAUCUGUGUGGCUUUUGCCCUGCUGAACUCUUCACAAACACGCGAUCAGAUUUGGGUCCUUGUGAAAAAAUCCAUGAUGAAAACUUGAGGAAAAUGUAUGAGAAGAGCUCCCGCUUCAUGAAGGAAGGGUAUGAGCGGGACUUCCUGCGGUACCUGCAGAGUCUCCUGGCCGAGGUGGAGCGCAGGAUUCGGAGGGGUCACGCGCGUCUCGCCCUGUCACAAGCCCAGCAGAACUCUGGGACACCGGGUCCAUCUGGGAAGAACGAGGAGAAAGCGCAGGUCCUCACGGAGAAGAUUGAAGAGCUUGUUGUUCAGAUUGAGGAGUUGGGCUCAGAGGGCCGUGUCGAGGAGGCGCAGGGCAUGAUGAAGCUGGUGGAGCAGCUGAAGGAAGAGCGGGAGCAGCUUAGUUCCACUCCUUCAACGAUUGAGAGCUUUGCAGCUCAGGAGAAGCAGAUGGAGGUGUGUGAAGUGUGUGGCGCUUUCCUCAUAGUCGGUGACGCUCAGUCCAGAGUGGACGACCAUCUAAUGGGCAAGCAGCAUAUGGGAUAUGCCAAAAUCAAAUCCACGGUGGAGGAACUGAAGGAAAAGCUGCGUCGGCGCUCGGAGGACCCAGAGAAGGAUGAUCGAGGGAAGAAGGAGAGGGAGGACCGGGAGCGUGAAAGGGAGGAACGUGAGAAAAAACGCAAAGAGGAGGAGGAGAAGGAGAAAGAACGAGAAAAGGAGAGAGAGAGAGAGCGUGAGAAGGAGAGGGAACGUGAGCGGGAGAGGGAUCGGGACAGGGAACGGGAAAGGGACAGGCGCAGCAGGAGGAGUCACUCCAACAGUAGACACUCCAGCCGUGCGUCAGACCGCCGCAGGAGCCGCUCAAGAGACAGGAGGAGGUCCAGGAGUAAGGAACGCGACAGGAAGCGCAGCAGGAGCCGCGACCGAGAGAGGAGGCGCAGCCGGGAACGCUCAGACAGGAAGCGCCGCUCUCGGAGCAGGGAGAGGAGGAGGUCCCGCAGCUCCGAGCGCAAGAGCCACCGGCACCGCAGCAGAGACAGAGAAAAGGACAGAGGAGACAGAGACAAGGACAAAUCCUCUAAGGACAAAGAGCACAAGGACUCCUCAGAUGAGAAAAGGAGCAGCAGAAAGGGCUCGGUUGAGAAGUCAAAUGAGCUCUCCAAGCCCGAGCCCAUGGAGGCCGAGCCUCCCAAAGCGGAAGUGAACGGCACCGCCCAAGAGCUACAUUCUGAAGGUGACACACAGUCCAAUUAAAACUGAUCUGAUAGGACCUCAGAUCAGCCCCAGGGGAAGUUUGAACAGCUGCAAGAGGAAGAACUGAAGACCUCCAUCCUACAACUCAGCUCUGCUGCUUUAAAACAAGGUGAACCACAGAAGUAGUGGCCUAUAUGAUAAAGAUGUAAAUGUAAAAUGGUUCUGUAGCCCCUUUUCAGCAUUUCCACAGGACCUUCCGUGUUCUUUUUUUUUUUGUUUGUUUGGUUUUUCUUUGGUCUUACUGCUAUACGCUGGCAUAGAUGCACAUGCAAGUCCACCAUUAUUUCUGUUAGUAUGCAUUCAGAAUGAAUAAAAUACUUUGUGGCAUGUUUGCUCUGUACAGUCCGCUCUCACUUUUACACAUUGGAAAUAUUGAAGAUCGGUUUAGUUCAGUAUUUUGACUGGAAGCCUUAAAGGUCUCUACACUGCUUAAUCUCUUAUUUUCCCUCUGUAUGCUAAAUCCCAAAUCUUUAUACGAUUUUAGUUUAGUGAAGUGUUUUCAUUUUGUUCCCGUUUUAAAACCUGUAUUUGUCAUGAAUAAAAAUGAAGAAAAAAAUGUGGACGUGUUUUUUUUUUUUUUUUUUUUUUCUCCCCUCUCCAAAUGCCAUGGGAGCAUGUAUCUGAUGUAGUAAGUCCAGAAUUGCAUUUAUACUGCAGAAACCUACAGAACGUCAACAGCAGAUACAUUCUUCAUGUUUUUCAGUACUCUGAAUGCAUCUCAAUGUAUGUGAAUUCAGGCUUACCUAAACAGGCAAGUCGGUUCACCCAAU